AAUGCGUCGAUAAGCUGGAUGCCAAAAAAGAAGAAGCAGAAGAAGAAAGCUGUCAGCUGCUUUAGCAAUACAACAAACAUGGCGUCAGGAGGCGGCUGACUGAGAAGAGAAGCUGGGAAUCCUCUAAAGCUGUGUUACUUGAGAGUUGUAUUACUUAAAAAAGAUCAUAUUUGCUUCGUCAAGAUCUCAAUAUGGAGUCAGCCCAGUUUCCAGAGGAUGUUUCGGAGAGGACAGUGUGUGUGGUCGGGUCAGAGCCGGUGGAAAACUACACUGUCUAUAUCAUUGAGGUGUCGGACGGAGAGCACAGAUGGACUGUGAAACACCGCUACAGUGACUUCCACGACCUUCAUGAGAAGCUGACGACAGAGAAGAAGGUGGACCGACAGCUGCUUCCUCCAAAGAAGAUGUUGGGGAAGAACUCAAAGAGUCUGGUGGAGCGGCGGCAGAAGGAGCUGGAGCUCUACCUGCAGACGCUGCUGCAGCAGUUCCCACAGGCCACGCCGACUCCUCUCGCAUGUUUCCUGCACUUUCACCUCUAUGAGAUUAACGGCAUCACAGCAGCUCUGGCUGAGGAGUUGUUCAACAAAGGUGAGCAGUUGCUGCAGGCCGGCGAGGUGUUUUCUCUCCAUCCUCUGCAGCUUUACUCCGUCUCCCAGCAGCUACGUCUGGCAAAACCAACCUGCUGCAGCGGAGACGCCAAGACCGACCUGGGACACAUCCUGGACUUCACCUGCAGGCUGCGAUACCUCAAGAUUGCUGGUGCCAGAGGUCCAGUAGGAACCAGUAACAUCCAGGAGAGCAGUCUCCCCUUCGACCUGUCUGUCUUCAAAUCUCUGCUGCAGAUAGAGAUCAGUGCGUGCAGCUCUCUGCAGAUUCGAGGUCUGCCGUCUCUGAGGUCGAGUCUGGCAACUCUGAGUAUCCACCACUCCACGGAAACUAUGACGUCGAUCCUGGUGCCGGAGGCGAGCGAGUUCUCACAGUGGGAGGCUGAGGGGGCCGAGUCGGGCUGUCCCGUCACCGCUGUCAUCCCCGUGUGGAGAAACCUGACCACACUGGACAUGAGCCACAACGGCAUCAGCACCAUCGACAGCUCAGUGAAACUGAUUCCUAAAGUGGAGUUUCUGGAUCUGAGCCACAACCAGCUGUCCACUGUGGAGAACGUCCAGCACCUCUACAACCUGGUCCACGUGGAUCUGUCCUACAACAGCCUGCGGGUCCUGGAAGCUGCUCACACCCGUCUGGGCAACAUCAAGACCCUGAGCCUGGCCGGCAACCAGCUGGACCAGCUGACCGGCCUCACCAAGCUCUACUCUCUGGUCAACCUGGACCUCAGCCACAACCAGCUGGCCCAGCUGGAGGAGAUCAAGAACAUCGGCUCUCUGCCCUGUCUGGAGAAACUCAACCUGUCCAGUAACCCCAUGUGCAUCAUCCCAGACUACAGAACCAAAGUCCUGGCCCAGUUCGGAGACCGUGCAGCCGAGGUGUGUCUGGACGGUAAAUUGACGACCGAGAAGGAGCUGGACACGGUGGAAGUGUUGAAAGCCAUUCAGAAAGCCAAAGAAGUCAAAGACAGGAUGAGCAGCGGCGACAAGAAGAUCAGUGAGGAGACCAGGCUGUCUGCUGCUGCACCUCCUCACCUCUCCUCCUCCUCUCCCCCCUCCUCUUCCUCCUGCUGCUCCUCUGCUGUUGCUCCUCCUGCUGUCACCUCUUCCUCUUCCUCCCCCUCCUCUUCCUCUUCCUGUCCGGCCCAGCAGGCUGCCUGCCCCAGCCAAGAAGUGACGAGCAGAGAAGAAGACGCUGCCCCCCCCAGUGCUCUCCCUCCUGUGGACGCUGCACCGCCCCCCGCGAGCUUUAACACCAACACGCACCUCCUGUCUGCUGACUCCGCCCAGGUACGACAACCUGCCGUCAGUCUGUCUGAACACACAACACUCCUUGGAGCUCCUAUAAGCACUACGACUACAAAUACUGUCUGCUGCGUCUGCUGCUCUUCCUCCUCCAGACCAGUUGAAACCACCUGCUUCUCGUGCAGCGCAGCCUGCUGUCCUCUACUUCCUUCUCACCUGCUCUCCCUCUCCUCCUUCAACAAAGACUUCAUUACCCAGCUCUCCCUGCGUCUCAGCUCCACCCUGAAGGAGCAGAAGCAGGAGAGCGAGGAGGAAGAGAUGGAGGAGGAGAGGGAGGAGGAGAGGGAGGAAGAGAAGAGGUCUGAAUCCAGAGAGGUUCAGUCCCAUGUGGAGGGCACUGAGGUGGGAAGUCUCAGUCCAGGCUCCAGGGACGGAUACUUCGAGAUGGGUCUGGAUGACUCUGUUGAGGAGUCGGUCGGCUCCUCCUCCACGUCGCUCGCUGUUCCUCCUGCAGAGGAGCCCGGUGGCCACCAGGGGGAGCUGUGUGACGAGGAGGAGGAGGAGGAGGAGGAGGAGGAGGAGGAGGAGGUGGUGCAGGUCAGCAGGGUCCUGUGGUGCUACUGUGUUCAGGUGAAGGAGGAGGUGGAGCAGAAGGAGGUGUGCCUGGUGCUGACGGACCGGUGGUUGGGCCUGCUGUACCUGUCGCAUGAUUUCACAUCGACCAAUCAGGACGCAGACCAGGACCAGAGUCCGUCUGUGGACGAGGUGCUGUCCAGCCUGCAGGUGGACCUGCUGCUGCCGUACUCGCAGGUCCUGCUCUCCUCCCGAGCAGAGCUCCCCGGCUCCUGCCUCGCCUUCGGCCUCCGAGCCGGUCCGACCCGCUGGUACCUGUUCUCCGACACAGAGGCGCUCCGGCAGACCAGGAGCGAGCUGACGGUGUUGAUCCAGGCAGUGAAGUCCCAGCCUGACCCGGAGCUCCCCAACACUCCUCAGCUCUUCCCCCGCUCGCUCAUCAACUCCUGGGAGCUGGAGGAGAGUCAGGGAGCCCAGGGAGGCUAUCCCGCCUUCCUCCUCCCCUCCUCCUCCUCCUCCUGCUCCGACACCCACCCACUCCUGACAGACAUCUUCUCCGACAGAGAGGACCCACGCCUCCCCUCUCUCCUCUUUCUCACCCACCGACACCUCUGGGUGCUGAAGAUGGACUUCAGAGAGCUGGCAGAAAGAGAGAGGAGGAGUGCUGCCCCUCAUCACUCCUCCUCCUCCUCCUCCUCUUCCUCCUGGUGCAGGCUGGUUCGUGUGCCCCUCGGCUCCAUGGUGCUUCACCCCAGAGAGAGGGCUUCUCGGGUCGGGGACAGAACCAGCAACACCUCCUGCCCCGACCCAGAACACCCCCGCAGGAGGACUCACAGUGUGGAGCUGCUGCUGGCCGGGCAGAGGCUGCUGCUGCUCUUCCCUCUGGCCCAGAACAGGAGCUCCUUCCUGGGGCAGCUGAGCCAGCGGAGAGCCUCUCUGGAGGGGCUGAAGAUGGUCGCCCUGCCUCUGCCCUGUCCACAACACACACAAGGCCGUCACAGAUCCAGAGACCAGUGCUGUUGUACCAGUACGAGGAAAUCCCACAGCACCAGCAGCUGGGACUCCUCCCGCCUUCAGGUGGAGGAGAACCAGCCGUCACCCCACCUCACCCCAGGUCUCUCCCCAGGACUGAGGCGCCUGGCUGGGCUCGGAGGAGAGCAGCUGCUGACCUACUUCCACAGAUAUAUAGCAGAGUCUGAGACGGAGGAGGUGAGACAGGUGUUGUGGCUGUCUGUGGUUCUCUACAAGUCACCAGAGUCUGAGCUCACCUGCUGCCUGCUGCUCUCCACUGAUACGAUCUACUUCCUGUUGGAAGACUCUGCCUCCAGCCUCGGCCAUCACUCGGUGUUGGAUAUUAUGGACUCUGGAGAUCCGGACGUCUGUCUGUGCUGCUGUCUGUCCAUCAGACUGUCUGAUCUGCUGUCUGUCAACGUGGGACUGUUCGACCAGUACUUCAGAGUCGUAGGUCAGAGGAUGAACACAAACGACUGCUGUUUAAAGCUGAUGUUACUCAGGUGA